AUGGCGCCUCGCAUCCAGACCUUCAUCGACCUGUACGAGAACGUCGACGCGGUGCGACGUGCGAAGAGGUACCUGCAAAUCAAAGCGACCAAGGGCGACUCGCGCGACAAUGUCGAGCUGACGGCCCUCAAGUACCUGAUGCUGGUGGAUCACGCCGUUGUGCUCGACAAGAAGCGCUCGUGCCGGGAGAGCGACAACCGCCACAUGGACUGCAAGAAGCUCACGGUCAACUCCUACCUCCUCUACGAGGUCGUCAACAACGAGACGUUCUGGCUGAUCCCCGACGUCAUCUUCGAGUGCGAGGAGUGCACGCUCAACCACUACAGCUGCAACGUCUACUUCGACAUGAAGGACACCGACAAGACGGUCCUCGUCGACUCGAAGGGCAUCCACGGCGACUUCUCCGUCAAGAGGUCCGGCCUGGCAAACGAGAGGAAGCCAGCGUACGGCCACCCCGCGCACAAGGAGCCGAUCUUUGGCUGGUCGACCAAGCAGAUCAGGGACUACAUCCACCGCCUCCGCGUGCGCAAGGAAGCCGAGAUCAACGAGCAAAUCCACCGCCGCAAACGCGACCAACAGCGGGACCUCAACACCAGCGGUGGCAUCGUUGACCUGGUCACGAACAGGCGCGACGCAAUCCGCGUGAUGUCGGACCACUUCAGCGCCUUCUCGACGGCGACCUCCUCCCUCCUCGACACGCUCUACGCCGAGCGCGGCUCCUCGACGGCCGCUCCUCUCGUCCCCGUCGUCGACAAGAGGCUUUUCGACGGCUACGUCGAUGUCAGCAUGGCGCACCCGGCGGUCAGCGUCAUCCGCACCUGCCCCAACCCCACCAAGGCGGUCCUCCUCCUCACCGACCCGGCCGGCCACGGCAACAUCGUCGCCCGAUGGGCCGAUGACGGCGAACUGCUGUCCUGA